UUUACUUUGUUUCGGUAAUUGUUCGUUUUUGUGGCGAUAACGAUGUCUGGACGCGGCAAACAGGGUGGCAAAGCUCGCGCCAAGGCCAAGACGCGGUCGUCCCGCGCCGGUCUGCAGUUCCCGGUGGGACGCGUGCACCGCCUGCUCCGCAAGGGCAACUACGCCGAGCGCGUGGGCGCCGGCGCCCCGGUGUACCUGGCGGCCGUGCUCGAGUACCUGACGGCCGAGAUCUUGGAGCUGGCGGGCAACGCGGCGCGCGACAACAAGAAGACGCGCAUCAUCCCGCGCCACCUGCAGCUGGCCAUCCGCAACGACGAGGAGCUCAACAAGCUGCUGGGCAAAGUGACGAUCGCGCAGGGCGGCGUGCUGCCCAACAUCCAGGCCGUGCUGCUGCCCAAGAAGACCGAGAGCCACCACAAGGCUAAAGGGAAAUAAUUCGAUACUGCCUAUUUUUAGCGAGCUAAAGGAAUGCUGACAACAAAGGCUCUUUUCAGAGCCACCCACUAUUUCUGUUAAA